AUGGAAGAUGUGAAGAUCAACCUCCUCCUUGCAGUGCAUGAUGAGUUGCAGAAAUUGAAGCAUGUUAUGAUGAAUGAAUUCAAACGUCUCCGGCAAGUCAUGAGUCCUCCGGUGGAAAUUACCAAAGCUGUCAAAAUCAAUGGUGAUGAAGGCUUGGUGGUUCUAGGCUGUUCAAGCUUUGCUUCUUCAUCAAGAAACAAUGAGUUAUUCAAAGAAACCAUUGAUGUGUCUAAUGAUGAAGCUCUAAUCGCACAGUUCUGGAUCUCGAACGUUGCUCACAAAACACAUUGGCAUGCCAAUUCCGCUCCGUCACGUCCAAACCAAAGCCAUGAACCAUUCACCCCAACACCAAAGAAGCUCAGCCAAGAAGAACCAGUUUCUGGUAAACCUCCACCACUACAUGAUAAAGAAGUUGUACUUGUACAAUCCUAUGUUGCUAUGGAGAAGAAACAUAACAUGAUCAUAAAGGCUAGUCAUGUUGUGUCGAACCUUGAGGACAAGGUUAAAAUCACAAAACCUAGCGCCGUUUUUCUCUCCGACAAGGCGAUUUCCGGCACGAUUUCCGGCGGUCUUCAAGUAGUUUCCAUCACCGUCCCGUCGUCGCUGCAACAUCUUCCCUCUGACAAGGUCUGUUUGAUGUCUAUUUUCAGAACUUCGUCGGAGUCAUGCCGUUGUUGUCGUGUCAGAAUGCAGCACAUGAAGGAUAUUGCUGGUACUUUGGCGGCAGAAGAUGCUGGCCAAGUGGCUAAGCUUCGAUCAGUUCUGGAGUCCGUUGACCACAAAAGAAGAAAGAUUUUACAACAAAUGAGAGGUGAUGCACAUUUGCUUAACUUGGAAGAAGGCAGUCCUCCUAUUCAACCCAGGUUCUUCAGCCCCAUUCAUCAUAAAAUGUGGAGGUAACACCAACUCAGAGCUAGUGAUCAAGGCUGAUGCACGCGUUCAAGAGCCCAAAGGAGGUGAACUUGAAAGAGUUUCCCAAGAGCUUCUGUUUUA